AUGGGUUUUGGACAAUUAGUAUCAGGCAGUCGUAGGUGGGAAAAUGUGGAGUCAAAUCCUAUGCCAAAGGAUAUUCCUGAUGUAGAUGAAGUUGGUGCUACUUCUGCUCCAUUAUUAUCAGCAUCUUUCUUUAUUGGAGAUAGAUGUAAACCUUAUAAUGAUGAUUUUAUGUUAUGUAAAGACGAAAACAAUGGUGGUACUUUAGAUUGUUUAAAAGAAGGAAGAAGGGUCACUAGAUGUGCCAUUUCUGUUUUAAGAGAUAUAAAUAAACAUUGUUUUGAUGAAUUCAAAUUACAUUAUGAUUGUUUAGAACAAAAUAAUCAAUAUUUCGGUCGUUGUCGUGCAUCUGAAGGUGUCUUGAGUAAAUGUGUAUUUGAUAAUUUGAAAUUAGUAAAGAAGAUUCCUGGAGUUGAAGAACAAAUUCAAGAUAAAAAGAAACCAAUUUAUGCCAAUAGUUCAAAAGAUAAUAGAUUAACUGCUGAAUUCUUAAAGAAGAAAGAAUUUGCUGCUCAAUCUUCAGAGUAG